AUGAACACGAGGUCUUCUGGACAGAAACCAUUGACAUACAACCCAGAAAUCACAAGGAAGGAUAAGGAGAAUCGGAGGCUAGCAAGGUUGGCAAAGGAAUCGCAAGAAAACCGAGAGCGAGACUAUCCGGGUACCUUCCCAGGAGUACGGGGUGCCCCGGUACUCGGGUUGCAGAGAGAUAGUGAUCAACCCGAAUUUUUAAAUCACUUGGGGCUGAUCGAGGAGGCCGACAAAUUUUGGAAGUAUUUGGUUUCUCGGGCCCAACAACUAUUCCAAGGGACAGCCCAAAUUUUGUUGACUCUGCUACGCGAGGACAUCGGGUCCAUCUGUGUGUGCCCAGACGGGCACGGCUACGACCACCGAGUCGCCAGCCAUCUCGAAAUUGCCCCAGACCGCAAAGCUGCCGGUCGGGCCGAAAUAAGCGACCGCACUGCCGCCGUCCACUUUCGAGUCACUGAACCCUCCAUCUCCAUCAGCGGCCGCACAAUUGUCACCACCAACGUCCCCGCCGGCUACUCCCUCAACGGCAACACAGAAACGGGCCCGGUCACACCAAACCAACCCCCGUCCAUUUCAACCGAGUCACCGGCUGACGAGCCCACGCUGCCAGUCACCCAAACAUCAUCCCGGACAGCAUCUGGGACACCCGUUAGCCGAUCCCGAGCCUCACCGGAGGAAUCGGGCCUAAGCGGGCUCGUGCAGGCACAUCAUAGGGUCGAGGAGUUGGAGCGAGAGCAGCAGCGCCUUCCCACUGACUGA